CCAUUAAUUAAAUCGCCUCCAAUUCCAAUAAAUACUUAUUUAGAAACCAAACAAAAACAAAUGAUUCUCCUUCUUACACCUUACCUUUACCCUUACCUUUACCCUGUCAAAAAACAAACAUGUGCAUUCGCAUUCACAUUCACAUAUAGUAACGUCACCAUUUCCCAACCUUAUUAUUAACUUCUGAAAACGAGAGAGAGAGAGAGAGAGAGAGAGAGAUAUUUUAAUCUCUUUUAAUCUUAUGGAGUCUUCUUAUCGUCGCCGACACAGAACAUGGUGUUGUUCUUUCGCAGUUCCACCUUCAAGUCCAGAUAACCCACCCAUCAAAGCCCGUAAGCCCAAACCAGACCCCCAAUCAAAGCCCAACAACUUCUCCUCCGUUCCAAACUCCCCUCAGAGCUCCAAAUCAACUUCCCGCAUUGUCGCUCGAAUCGACCCUCGCCGGAUCUUAUCUCCGGGAAGAGUCUCCCCCAUCGAAGACGCCGUUCUUGAUCCCUCUCCGCUUCUCGAUUCGGCACCUCAGUUAAGAUCUCGAAGCUUCCGUGCGCCUAUCGCCGCUCCCGUUCCACCGCCGCCGAUGAACUCCGGCGUCGGCGACUGUUUUGACGUCAGGAUGAGUUUGAGAGGGAAAAAUGGAGGCUGUGUUGUUCUUGAGCUUAAUUCCGGGGUUCUUUGCGCUAAUUCGGAGGUUUUUGCUGGAUUAAUUGGGGAUUAUAGAAAAGGGGGUUCUUCAAAUUCUUUGAGUGGUGGUGGUAGUAGCAAAAUGUGUAGAAUAGAGGUUCCUGAAGUUGAUAAUUUGGGAGUUUUUAGAGAAACAAUUGAGCUUAUGUUUGAAGAUGAUGUUCCCAAAAGGCUUCUCAAUAUUGGUGUUUAUCGAUCCAUUGAUGUUUUGGAGGUGUCUGCAGGCAUCAUGUUUACAAAGGGUGUUUUGUCCUGUUUACAAUACCUUGAGGCUGUUCCUUGGACAGAAGAGGAAGAAGAGAAAUUGAGGAACCUAUUCACAAGAUUUAAGUUUGAUGAUGAAACUACAAGGGACAUUCUUGGAAGGCUUUACUUGCACGAUUCAGAUGAUUCCCAGCCAAAUGUAGCCCGACAACUCGUUUGGUCCAUAACCACUUGUGUCAAUGUCAAUGCAAGAAAUGAAUUGAAAUCACUAGUUAAGGGUCUUCUUUGCAAAAGCUCAGUGUAUGAGAAAAACCAUCAUCUUGAUCUAAGCAAAGAGGAUCUUUAUUCGGUUUGCCACUCAUGUCUUGGCUCACUGAUCACCCUCUUUGAGGAGGCAUCUAGCACCAUCUCUCCCGAAAGGUCGACAAAGAAAGAUACAAAUAAACCACUGAUCGAACGCAUCUCAAGACAGGUUGAUAACAUCAACUGGUUACUGGAAAUCAUGCUUGACGGACAAAUAGCAGAGGAUUUUGUAGAUAUAUGGGCCGAUCAGCACCAACUUCUUAAAAUGCAUGAUAAUGCAUCCCCAAUGGUUAGAUAUGAACUCAGUAGAGUUUCAGCGAUUCUGUUUGUUGCCAUGGCUACGAGAAAAUUGCAAUGCCGGUUGGAAGCUAGAUCGGGGCUUCUACAAUCAUGGUUUGCGCCCAUGUUGUUAGACUUUGGUUGGCUGCAAAGAUGCAGAAAAGGGCUUGAUAUAAAGGUUUUGCAAGAGGCUAUGGGUCAGGCACUUCUUACUUUGCCUCUAAAGCAACAACACACUUUGUUCAUGGAAUGGUUUCACCACUUCUCAAGACAUGGCACUGAAUGUCCUAAUCUAAGCAAAGCAUUCCAAAUUUGGUGGCGUAGAUCAUUUUUAAGAGGCUCAGAAACUUACGCCAUUGAAUCAAGGUAAGAGAAAUUUAUAGUUGUCUGCAUUUUCCAAAAGAAAAGCAGGAAGGUGAACUGCAGAAUAUGAAUGUGGUAUUGAACCCAUUUUACCAAUAAUAUCCCUGAAUGUGUACUCCUCAGGAAACAUAUCAAAUAGAUCAGCCCCUUCACAAA